ACUGUCAGACAGACAGACUGGACUGCGCCACCCUGCUUGCUUGUGUUUAAUUUAAUUCAUUGAAGUUUCAACACCGCAACGUGUUGUUUUUAUUUUUGUAAUUUAUGAUAAUAAAAUAAUGAAGAACUUAAAUAUUUGGGAGAUCUCCCUGAGAAAUUUUCACACUACACCAGGGCAAGUUAGUUGCGUAUGUUACGGUCACGACGAAAUUGGUUCCAGUGGUGACUUAUAUGUUUGUUCAAAUAACCUUUUCAUCACUGAUUUUGGCGACAAUGAUAGCAUAAAAUGGAGCAAGGAUUUAAAUGAUUUUACGUCUCGUAAAGACAACAGGCCAAUCAAUGCAACAUUUCUUACUUUGACAAAUACGCUGUGCGUUGGUCUUGAAAUGGGAGAAUUGUUAACGCUCAGCGACCACGGAGCCUCCUGUGAUCUGGCUGGUGUAUGUGACAGCGGAUUAUUGGCAAUGGAAUGGAGCCCAGACCAAGAAUUACUAGUCUUAGUAACAAAAGAUAUGAAGACCAUACUAAUGACUUGCACUUUUGACCCUAUUAAUGAGAUUGAUUUGCAAAAUGAGGAGUUUGGUGAGAAGCAGUUUAUCACUGUGGGGUGGGGCAAGAAAGAAACUCAAUUCCAUGGGUCUGAGGGAAAGCAGGCGGCUAUAGCAAAGGUAGAAGUAAGUCCAGAUCUAAAUAUACAGUCAGAAAGUUGUGUUAAAAUCACUUGGAGAGGAGACGGGCGGCUUUAUGCAGUGGGGUUUUCAAACAAUGGCAUUAGGCAAUUCAAAGUAUUUGAUAGAGAAGGACAGUUGCAGUACACGAGUGAGAAGCAACCAGGCCUUGAAUCAAAUCUAGCAUGGCGGCCAAGUGGUAAUGUCAUAGCUACAACACAAAGACUACAAGAUAAGUAUAUGGUGGCAUUUUUUGAAAAGAAUGGCCUGAAACAUGGAGGUUUUACUAUACCUGUAAAUGCUAACACUCAUGUUGAAGAUUUAGCAUGGAGUUCUGAUUCAGAAAUUCUCGCAUUACUAUGCAGAGAUACAGAUGAAAAUGUACAAAAAAUAUUGCUUUUCACAAGUAGCAAUUACCAUUGGUAUUUGAAACAAACACUGGAAUAUAAUUCUGAUCAAAAUGUGAUCAAAAUAAUGUGGGACAAUGAUUUUGAUAUUGCAAAUAACAAAAAAUUACAUGUGGUUUUUUGUAAUGGAAGACAUUUGUCAUACUCUUUUAUAUGGAAUAUUGAUCAUAGCAAAGGAAAAGAUGAUUCAGAUGAUGCCAUUGUUACAGUUAUUGAUGGACAGAAAGUGUUGGUCACAGGUUUUAGACAAACAGUGGUACCUCCUCCAAUGGCUGCCAUCGAACUAGAAUGUGAAACUUACAUCAAUUCUAUUCAAUUUUCUCCAGCAAAACUUGAUGAUAAAUGUAUUGAUUCUAAUACUUUCUUUGUCUGCACUUCAGAUAAUAAGAUAACAUUUUAUGAACAAACUCAAAAGUUCCCUCUAAACUACAAAAAACUUAACAGUUUCAAAGUCAGUGAAUGUGAAUCUCCAUAUGAAUGUUAUUAUAAUUGGUAUUGGUGGAAACCUGAUAAAUUAGUCAGUGUAUUGUUAGAUAAAGACAGCAACUAUAUGUUGGUGGAAUGGUGCAUUGGCGGUGAAAAGAUGACAAGAAAUACUGUAACCAGAAUGCCAGAUCCGCCAAUGAGAAUGCAGUCACAUACUACAGACUCUAAUAUAUUGUUUCUACAUUUAAAAAAUGGCGACAUUAUUGAAUACAAGGAUGGAAAUAUUGACAUACAUGAAGUAUCAUUCUCUGUAGCUUGUCCAAAAUUCUCUGUAUUUUCAAUUCAUGAUGAUUUAUAUUUUCUUGGUCUUACACACAAGGGACAUCUUUAUCUCAAUGACACUGUUAUUUUGAAUAAUGUAAGUUCAUUCUUUAUUCAUACACAUUUCCUUUUAAUUACUACAUUACAACAUGUACUUCUCUGCAAUGAGCUGACUAAACCAGGUUUGUCUGCUAUCACUGAACACCAGAAGAUUGAAUCUGAUCAUGUUUACAAGAGAAAAAUAGAAAGAGGUGCAAAACUUGUAAUUGCAGUUCCUAAUGAUACAAGAACAAUAUUUCAAAUGCCAAGAGGUAACCUGGAGAAUAUACAGCCAAGACCAUUAUCGUUAAAAAUAAUAGGAAAUUAUUUGGAUCAACUGAAAUACUUUGAGGCAUUUGACUUGAUGAGAAAACAAAGAAUCAAUUUGAAUCUUAUUUAUGAUCAUGAUCCUGAAAAGUUUGUGAAAUAUGUUGAUAUAUUUUUGGAUUCUAUCAAGAAUAAUUCCUGGCUUAGCCUCUUUUUGUCAGAUUUGGAAAAUGUGGAUGUAACCAAAUCUAUGUACGCAAGUAGUUAUGCAGAUAAGACGGUUAAGUUAGAAAAUGAAAAUGGAAGCAAAGUACAGGAGAUCUGUGAUAUUAUCAGAGUUAAUUUAAUGAAAAGGUCUGACAAUGAUAGCAAAAUAUUGCCAAUGAUCACUAGUUUUGUUAAAAAGAACACUGACGAUGAUUUGGAAGCAGCAUUGGGCAUUAUAAAACAGUUGAAAUUGCAGGAGUCGGGAGGGUCUAAACUCACGGUUGGCUCAGACGAAGCAUUGAAGUAUUUACUUUACAUGGUUGACGUCAACAAACUGUUUCAUGUCGCCCUCGGGAUGUAUGACUUUGACUUAGUUUUGUUAGUUGCAAAUAAAUCACAGAAAGAUCCUAAAGAAUAUAUUCCGAUGCUGAAUGAGUUCAAUGAAAUGGAAGAGAAUUACAAGAAGUUUUCAAUUAAUAAACAUUUGAAGAGGUUCAGUAAAGCUGUGGAGUUUUUAGUCAAAUGUGGACCAGAGAAGCAUGAAGAAUUGAAAACGUUUGUUAAGUUCCACAGUCUUUACAGAGAUGCCUUAGCAUUAUUUAGUCCUGAGGAGGUUAUUUAUAAACAAAUAGCUGAUGAUUUUGGGCUGUAUCUUAAAUUGAAAAAGCAGUAUAUUCAGGCUGGUGUUGUUUAUGAAAGAGCUAGAAAUAUAGAGAAAGCUAUUGAGUGUUACAAAGAAGGAUUAGAGUGGGAACUAGCAAUCAAAUUAGGCCACACAUUACCUGUUGACCAGUACAAACGACUUUGUCAAGAUCUAGUGUAUGCUUUGGAAGACGAAAACAGAUGUCUUGAAGCAUUGAAGAUAUUGGAGCUAUAUUGUGAUGAUGUAGAGAAAACAAUUUGUUUUGCUAUUGAAAAUAGCCAAUACAAAACCGCUAUGCGCCUUUGUUCACAGCAUAGGAGAGAUGAUCUGAAAACUAAAUUUUUGUUGCCAGCUAUAUUAAAAGAGUACAGAAACUUAACCCAGCUUGUGGAAAAAAAUUGGUAUACUUUUGUGAAGUAUCGGGAGCGCUUGUUCGUUGUUAGAGAAAACAAACGCAGAAAUCCAGUGGAACAUUACGACCCCACAUAUGACAACAAGGACAGUGACCUGUAUUCUGAUGCUGGGAGCACAGCAGCCUCUUCAAGGGGGUCAAGUCGCAGUUAUCGGUCAAGUAAAAAUAGAAGGAAACACGAGCGGAAAGUAGCUUCGUUGAGAGAGGGUUCGCAAUAUGAAGAUGUUGCGCUCGUCAUAGCUCUGUAUAGUUUGGUGAUGUCAUCGUUCAAGCUCAGGUCGACAGUGAAAGAGGUUAAUAUAGCAUUGAGCUGUUUUGAUCAAGAGAAAGAAGCCUUUGUACUGCAGACAUCACUUGAGAAAUUGUUCAAAGAAAUGAAGGAUAGCUUCAAGGACAUUUGGACCAAUGAGUUUGAGAUAGAAGCAAUUAAUGCGGCAACAGCAGCACAAAGUGUUCCCGAAGGGGCCCAAGUAAUUCUACAGGGCAUUGCAGCUCUUGAACCAUAUAUAAGAAUAGCACCUGUAAUCAAAGAGCUCAACUGGAAAAUUGAAGGCCUCAACUAAUCUGGUAUCUUGUGCAAUGUAAUAAAUAUUUAUAUUU